UUUCACAGGAACUGAAUAUUACACAACACCGGAUACGGCGUGGGGGUAGGUUUGUAAAUCGUUGCAAGUAGUUUUUUUGGGUUCAGUUUCUCUUCAUAUGUCCAGCAAUAACAUUAACAGCUGUUAUAAGUCUAUUUGUCUUGGUUAGAAUGGGCGUUUUGUUAUUAUAAGCACAGCAAUGGAGGAAGUGGUUUAAUAAGGUUUAAUAACCCACAGCACGGUUCAUUCUCAGCAGCUCAAGCCUCUCCUGGUCUUACCGGGCGGAUUCAACUUGCGCAGUUUGUCGCUGGACAUGGCAGGCGGGUUGAAAGCGGGAUUCGUUCGUCUCAUGCAAUAUUUGCUGGACCCUCAGCACGUCGCGCGCUUCCAACGGCUGUGCGGGGUGCGCGGGACCGAACCGCGUGACAGACUCCGUAACGGGGUGCCAAGCACUCGCCACGGGGAUGUUCAGAACGGAGGCGGGGAUGCCACCCGCUGUAGAACAGCAGGAGUAGAGAGCGACAGGGAGAAAGGCAAUAACUGCGUGGCGAACGGGGCUGCGGGAGAAAACGUCAACAGGCAGGCACGGGAUAAAGACGGGGUCGAGGCUCAAGAAUCCGCGGUAAAGCCGUUGCGAAGAAACUCUCUCACCGGAGACGUCGGGCAGGAGUUCAAAAUCGACAAUACGUUUCUUUACUACCUGUUCACGCUUGGUACCGAGCUUGGGAACGAGCUGUUCUACAUUUCAUUCUUCCCGUUCUUCAUGUGGAACGUGGACGCGUAUGUGAGCCGCCGGUUAGUCGUCGUCUGGGUGUGGGUCAUGUAUCUCGGCCAGUGCACGAAAGAUGUGAUCCGCUGGCCGAGACCUGCCUCGCCCCCGGUGGUCAAGGUGGAGAUGUUUUACAACUCGGAGUACAGCAUGCCCUCCACGCAUGCCAUGUCCGGUACCGCCAUACCCUUGAGCCUGUUCCUGCUGACCUACGGUCGAUGGGAGUAUCCUCUGCUGCUGGGUCUCUCUCUAGCCAUCAGCUGGUGUGUCCUGGUGUGUUUGAGCCGCAUAUACAUGGGCAUGCACUCCAUACUGGACAUUAUUGCUGGUUUUCUGUACAGUUUGCUGAUCCUGGUGGUCUUCAGUCCUGCUCUGGACAUCAUCGACACCUUUAACCGCUCACAUCCCUACGCCCCGCUCAUCAUCAUCUCACUUCACGUAGGACUAGGCCUCUUCUCCUUCACCUUGGACACCUGGAGCACCUCACGCGGUGACACCGCCCAAAUCCUGGGCUCUGGCGCGGGGAUCGCCUUGGCAUCCCACAUCAACUACCACCUGGGCCUUUUGCCAGACCCACCUGCAUCCAUGUUUCCUCUUCAACCCCCAUCUUUCACCCUCAGCCUGAUCGGACUCUGUCUACUCCGCUUUCUCCUCGGUGUCAUCAUUCUCCUGGCUACCAGAGCCAUAAUGAAGGCUCUCACCAUCCCGCUCGUCUGCUGGCUCUUUGGGAUUCCCAGCGGCGACGUCCGGAAGGCCAGGCAGCACAUGGAGGUGGAGCUGCCGUAUCGUUAUAUCGUCUAUGGAACCGUGGGGUUAAAUGCGCAUUUUCUUGUGCCUUUCCUGUUUGCACGUGUGGGCCUGUUGUGAUUAGGUGGAAGAAACACCUAUUCUUUUAGCCAAUAAGAGCCCAGUUGGACUGCAGAGGCAACUCUCUUCGAAUCAGUAAUUGGAUGGAACUAAUGCCGAUCAUGUAACUGACACUGUGCUACACCUUCCAGAUGCUCCUUGAAUGCAUUUUCCACCAUUUAUACUGUAGUUUUAUCAGAUUUUCUAUUCAAAACACCUAUUUGAUGUUGAUCCAGAGAUUAUUGCCCUUUUCUAUGCAGUUUGCAUUGCAUGUAUAGUACAGUAGCAUAUCUAUCAGAUUCUAUUCUUAUCUAAAAUCCUAUGUUUUUUUGCAAGCAAUACAGCAUUUUUGCUAAUUCUCAAAUUUUAUAGGACUUACGAGUAAUCUUUUGGCUAGAUUUGUUCAUGCCACAGUAGGUGGACUUAAACUCUUGCAUCAAGAGUUGAUUGAAAUCUCUCUUGCGAAGAUGUGACUCAUGCAAAUUAGCGUGCAAAAUCUCUGCGACGCUUACGAAUUGGCUGGAACUGAUGCCAGCAAUUUAUAUUUCUUUUGUUUGCGAGAUUUGAAUCUGAAAUCUCAAAUGUUAAUAGAAAUGGUCAGUGUUGGGAGCAGCGCUGAUCUUUGUGGUAAUUUUUGUUGCAGUUGAUUGAGAUGUUUAGUUUUUGAUCUAAAGAAGGUUGGACUAUUCUCCAAAGACUUAUAGAAACCUUAAACGGAUAGUUCAUACAAAACGACAGUUCUGUCAUUUUACUCACCCUCAAUAUUUGACCUGUGGUGCAGAAGAAAAUAUUUUGAGAGAUGUCUUCUUGUGCAUAUAAUAGAAGUCAAUGGGCUCUAAUGUUAUUUGGUUCUCAAUGUUUCCAACAGAGAAAGUAAGUCACAGGUUUGGAAUAACAAUAUUGUCAGGGAGUCUGGCUCGUAAUCAGAAUUUUAUUAGAUCUUCAAUCUCAGUCUGUUUUUAUUCCCUGUAAGUUGCUGCUUAGAAUAUGGUACUAUAUGUGUGUGUAAAUAUGUGCGGCAUUAUUGAUCGCAAAGAAAAGCGACACUAGACUAAUAAAUGUUUUCUCUACUAGCAUUUAGCGGUGUGCUUUCAGUCAGGUUGAAACACAAGGUUUGCCACUAAGCCUAUGAAUAAUUCUGCCUUCUGAUAGUCAAGGUUGUGUUUGAUGUAUAGUUAAGAUGAAUUUGUGGUACUGAUUUAAAUGCACUGUUCCCAGAUUGCACUGCUCUGCUGCCUGCUGUUGUGCGUGUUGCUGCGAUGGCCUUAUAAUAGGUCAGGCUUGCAUGACACUGCUGUGUGCGUGCGUUUAUACUCUUCCUGUGGCCUUGUGUGUCUUUGUGCACAUGUUAGUUCUUAUUUUUGCUGAAAGAGAAGCUGGUUUCCCAACUCCUCACUUCUGUAAACAAGAUUUUUUUUUCUCUCUGAAUGAUGAGAAAACCAGCUAUUCUUCUCAGUGCAGAGCAAUGCUGACCUCUGAUCCUUCACCUAGAACAAUAUAGAUCUGUGUAAUUAAUUUUAAGGUCAGAGGUUAUAUGGAAGAGACAAAGGUCGGAAGUUGUAUUUAGGACAGAAUAUGAGAAGGAGAUUGUCCUUGGUGAGCAUUGCUUUCUGGACCAAUUGUACUGCGUGAUUCCAUAAUAAUUGUGUUUUUGGAUGGCAGUAGAUAGAUUUUAGCAUUUGUUUUCUCUCAGGCCUGUGUUCUAGUAAUCUGUCAUGUGUUUAUGACCAAGUAUGAGUGCUUUCAGUAGUUGUAAGUCCAUUAUGUAAUUUUCAGCCCCGCACUGAAUCUGUAGGAUUUUCAAAAGAUUGGAUUGCAUAUCAUUAAAAAAACUCAACACAUGCUGUAGCCCUUUCUUGUUUAUUUAAUAUUUUUAUAAUAUUUUAAUAUCAUUUGAAAACUAUUUAACUACAAAAAAACGUAGUAUUUCCAGGUCAAUUUACCUAAUUUUCCCAUGUCUAAAUUAAAACAACUCCACUGUAAUCAGCACCGAAUGCAGAAAACGGCAGCAGAAUCUGUGUGGUCCUGCUCAUGACCUAGGUUAAACUCCUGAGAAACUGGCCCAGUGGUGAAGUUUUCAUUUAUUUCCUUUGAUUUGGUUUUCUCUGGUUUUCAUGAAAAUAACAUGGCUUAUUCUGAAUAAACAGAUCCGAUUUGGAUACCACACAGUGCCUUUUAUCUAAAUCUCUGCUAUGUUUGAUGAGACAAUUAUUCCCAUCUGUUUCUUUUUCAUUCUUCUUUCUUUCAUCUAAGUAGAGCAUUUGACAACCUUUAAACUAAAGUGGAACAGAUCAGAAUGGCUGAUUGCUGCUCAGUCCAUCCUGGUUCAUCCAGUGUUGUUUUUUUAAAACUACAACUACUAAAAAUAAAUAUAAAAAUAGAAAUUUUGCCCU